AAGCUGUCAGCUGUUGCGGACAGAUAGUGUUGAGAGCCUGGGGCGAGAUGCUGCUAAGUGUGUGUGUGUGACUGUCUGGGUUAACACACACCAGCCGUCCCCUCAACGCACUUUUAACUUUAUUUAGUAAAUCCAGAAACCCGCCAUCAUGGACCUGGACCCGGCCGUCAUCAUCCCCGCCAUCAUUUUCACCGUCGUCGCCGUUUAUUUCGCUUCUUCGUACCUGAACAAGAAGCCCGACUCCUCCGGCUCCGCGGCCGGGAAGAAGAAGCCUAAAGUCGGCUACGGAGACGAGGUCCCCCCGUCCAGAGCUCUGGCUCCGCGGCUCCCGGCGGAGAACAUCCCUGUUAAGGUUGCCCCAGAGCCGGUAAAAGCACCAAAACCUGUUCCUGAACCAGUAAAAGCGCCAGAACCUGCCCCAGAGCCGGUAAAAGCACCAGAACCUGCACCAGAGCCAGUGAAAGCAUCACCAGAACCUGCACCAGAGCCGGUAAAAGCAGCACCAGAACCUGCACCAGAGCCGGUAAAAGCACCAGAACCUGCACCAGAACCUGCACCAGAGCCCGUAAAAGCACCAGAACCUGCCCCAGAGCCGGUAAAAGCAGAAGAACCUGCACCAGAACCUGCACCAGAGCCGGUAAAAGCGCCAGAGAUUGUACCAGAACCUGAACUUGUCCCAGAAACAGUUGCAACACAAGAACUGGCUGCAGUACCCGAACCUGUGUCCGAACCUGAACCUGUCCCACAGCCAGCUGCAGUGCCAGAACCUGCAUCUGAACCCGAACCUGAGCCCGAACGUGUCCCAGAACCAGAGCCGGAGCCAGUCGCAGUGCCUGAUCCAGAGCCUGUGGCCGAGUCCGAACCUGAACCUGUCGAGAAGGUCUUACCUGAGCCGACCCCUGAACCUGCUGUAGAGGAAUCACCAGAACCGGAACCAGAGACCGCCCUAAACAACGAUGUGGCUGCAGCAGAAGAGAAAGUGACGUUCACCCCGGGGAAGAAGCAGAGCAAGUUUGAGACGCUGAUGACAAAGGAGGAGAUGGAGGAGGAGCAGAGGGCUCCUGAAUGAUUCACACGAGACGUAGAAACACCUUCAGCUUCUUUCCUUUUCUUUCUCCCGGCUGACCCGCCGCAAGGAAGACGGCGAGCACUGAAGCAACGGAAGCGAGCGUCUUUUUAUUUUAUUUCUGGGUUUUUGAGAGCGUUCUGGUCCGAGCUGCUUGUGAAUAGCUUAACGUCUUUACACCAAAGUGCCUUCAGGAAGCUGUGUUUUUACCCCAAAGCUGUUCUGCUUUUAGCUUUUUGUGUCGAGGAUUUUUGAAAACAAAGGGAUGAAAUCAGAGGAAACAGACAGAAGCUGUGUUUGGCACGGUUUACACACACACACACACACACACACACACACACACACACACACACACACACACACACACACACACACACGCGCGCACCCCCCCAAUAGAAGUAUUUCUAUGCUAGUGAACAGUUUGUAACUUCUGGGACCCUUUGUUAAAACUAUUAAACUGUGAUUUGAAUGAAGACUCUACCAGUAAUAAUUUGUCAGCCUGAUGUUCUUACAGGAACUACGGUAGUCAUCUUGUGUUUGAUUGAAAUGUUUCAACAUGCUAUAAAUAAAUGAAUAAAUCCAUGUUUGAAACCA